AUUUAAAUAAGGAAAUCAUUUAGGCCGAAAAUAUUUCAAGUAAGCCAUAAAUUUGGCCAGGUUGCCAACUUGCGAGAAUGCAAGAAAGUGUACGUCGUAAAAACGGAUUUCAUGUGACGCAUGUAAACACACCGGUUUUUUGGAUGUCGGGUGGGGUUUUGGGAGGAGCGGGGUAUCGCGGCCGCAACUACGUGGAAUUUUUUUUUUGAAAAUCAAUCGUCAACGCACCAAGUUUCGUGGCGUGUAAAACCCGGAAUUUAGCGAAAACGAAGGAGUAACUACCUUCCUGGAGUUCUUGGGAGUUCGCGCAGAAAAGGCGAAAUUCGAACGGAAGGAAAAGUGAAAGUGCUCGUGGAGAAAACUCCUGCGGACCGAAAGAGAAGGCAACAUGAAACAGCAUGAAGUGAUAGCCUUGGGGAUCGUGCUCCAGCUGGUAACGGUGGCUGUUUCUCAACGUGUUGUUCCGGGAGUCAAUCCAAACCAUUAUCAACAACAACAGCAUCAGCACCAAUACCAACCGCCACCUCCUCAGUACCAACAACAGCAACAACAACAACAGCAGCAGUUUCAACAGCCGCCACCUCAACAACAACAGCACCACCAGCAACAGCAUCAGCCUCAGUUCCAGCAACAACAGCAGUUCCAGCAACAACAGCAGCAGCAGCAGCAACCUCAUGGAGAUCACGGACCCCAGCAGGUUUUGCAUACCGGAAAUCUGCAACAAGAAAAACAGCACAUUGCUGAACACAUGGAUGUACCGAUCGACACGAGCAAGAUGAGCGAGCAAGAGCUACAGUUCCACUACUUUAAGAUGCACGACUCGGACAAUAACAACAAGCUGGAUGGAUGCGAGCUGAUCAAAUCGCUUAUCCACUGGCACGAGCAAGGCAAGGCGCAAGAAAACAGUGGUCAACCGCAGCACGAAGAAAAAAUAUUUUCUAACGACGAACUGGCCUCCUUGAUCGAUCCGAUCCUCAACUCGGACGAUCACAAUCAGGACGGUUUCAUCGACUACCCGGAGUUUGUUCACGCGCAGCACAAAGCCGCCCAACAGCAGCAGGAGCAUCAGCAGAACCUACCACAGCAAGCGCAACACCCCUAAACCGAAUAGUAUAGCAAACAUGUCUUCGAAUCUCUGGAACUAUACGGUACCGAACGGCCUGCGGCACAAUGAACGAGCAGACUGAUAGACUGAUAAAGAACGCAGCGAGCUUUUGAAGCACCGUGCAGAUAAUAGGGGCAGUAUUCACUACGAUGAAACAACCGUUCGUAUAGGAUGUCUCUGGCUCUCGAAACGAGAGAUAGAAUCUAAAUCGCGAUUAUUGUACUUCAACACAUUCCAUCUUGAAUAUGGUACUAAAACUUCGCACAAAUCGAACAACGGCUUGGCGAACAAACAACAAACAACAAAAAUACAGUAAAUGUGACUCGGAACAAAUAAUCUCUGUACAAAUCUGAUGUUUUAACAAAGGUUGGACAUAGUAAUUCCCCCGCCACAUUCCCCCAUCAAAUCAUCGUUCACAUAUGGAUGUUAAAGGUUUCAUGGCAACCAUUCGUCGGAAAACACGGUAUGAGAAUCGCCUUGUGUGUGAUCAUGUGUUUAUUAUGUAUAUUCCAUGUAUAUGUGGGUGUAUUGUUUUGCUUUAGUUUUUGAGUGUUUUAAGAGCAAAAGAGAAAAAUAGAAACCAACCGGUAAUGAAGUAGUUGUCUACUGCGUCGUACA